GAUCGAUGCGAGUAAUAUCGAUACAACGCAAGUGUUUAUCAAUGCUUAUUAUUUGUGGUUUGUGGUUAGCUAUACGGAUAGUUCACUAAUUACAAUAAAUAUUGUGUUAAGCUUUGUUAUUUGUUAAUAACUUGAUUAAUUUACUGGGGAAGCAUGCCGGGUGCAGUUGAACACCGGGCUGUUACACCACUAAUACAAUUGAUUCGAGAGACAUUUCGUGGUAAGAAAGUCGUGUUAGCGAUUAGAUAUUCUGAUGAACUAGCAGCGCGCACUCAACCUCCGCCAAAUGUACCAGGAGGACCUUAUCAUAAGACUUCUCAGAUUUAUUAUUACACUCGAGAUGCAAGACGAGAAGUUGAACCACCAUUAUUGAUUAGUGGAUCAAAACAGAUUGGCACAGAGAAUGAAUCUCCUGUUGAAGAGAAACAUCUUAGUCCAGGGAAAACUUACAAUUGGGAUUCUUAGUUUCAUAAAGUUUACCUAGAAGAUGUUAUAUUGCAAAUUACACAUUGAUGUAAUAUAUUAUAUAAUGGUAGAUUUGCUCUGACAUAAUUAUUGUACAUAGAAAAUAAAUUAAGCUACUUAAUUA